UAUUUUAUUUAUUAUUUUGCAGAUGAUGAUAUAGAAAGUUAUGAUAGUGAUUCAGAUCUAAAUGAUGAAGGAGAUGAGGAAAAUGGUUUAGAAAGUUUUGAUGAAGAUGGACUAUCAGAUGAUGAUGACUAUCUGGCAGGUACAUUGGAUGAUGUUGAUAGUUCAAAUGAAUCUGGAAUCGAAGAUACAGUUCUUAAAAAGAAAAAAGCUUCCUCAAAGAAAAGAAAGGCAGAAGAAAGUGAUGAUGAAUUAUUACCAAUUGAAAAAGCAGCUAAGAAAUUAAAAGCUGCAAAAAAAAAAGAAGAUGCUGAAGCCAAUGAGGAAAUGAAAAUGCAAAUUAAUGUUGCAAGCCAAGAUGUGUUUGUUUUUCCUGCCAGUGAUAAAAUUGAUGAACAUAUUCCUAUUCCCGAAGUAGAACAAAGAAUUAAAGAUAUUUUAUUAGUAUUGUCUAAUUUCAAUAAAUUUCGUGAAGAAAAUCGAAGCCGACAAGAAUACACUGAACUGUUACUCAAGGAUUUGUGUACCUAUUUUAGUUAUAAUACAUUUCUAAUGGAAAAAAUGAUGCAUUUAUUUCCACUUGAAGAUUUAAUGUCAUUUUUGGAAGCUAGUGAAACACCAAGACCAGUAACUAUCCGAACAAAUAGUUUGAAAACUAGAAGACGUGAUCUUGCUCAGGCAUUGAUCAACCGAGGAGUUAAUUUGGAUCCUAUUGGUAAUUGGUCUAAAGUGGGACUUGUUGUAUACAAUUCUACUGUACCCAUAGGAGCAACUCCUGAAUAUUUGGCCGGUCAUUAUAUGCUUCAGGCAGCUUCAAGUAUGUUACCUGUUAUGGCAUUAGCUCCUCAAGAAAAUGAACAUAUUUUAGAUAUGUGUGCUGCACCUGGUGGAAAAGCCUCGCAUAUUGCUGCAAUAAUGAAAAAUACUGGAGUUUUAAUUGCUAAUGAUGUAAAUAAGAAUCGAGCAAAGGCAGUUAUUGGUAAUUUUCAUAGAAUGGGAAUUGCCAAUUCAGUUAUUUCAACGUAUGAUGGAAGACAUAUACCUCAAUUAUUCAAAAACUUUGAUAGAGUAUUAUUAGAUGCUCCAUGUACUGGAACUGGAGUCAUAAGUAAAGAUUCUGGAGUUAAAAUGAGUAAAGAUGAAACUGAUUUGCAAAGAUGUUUUACAUUGCAGCGAGAGUUAUUGUUAGCUGCUAUUGAUUCUUUGAAUUUUAAAAGCUCAACUGGUGGUUAUUUAGUUUAUUCAACGUGUUCUGUACUUGCAGAAGAAAAUGAAUGUGUGGUAGAUUAUGCUUUAAAAAAAAGAGAUGUAAAAUUAGUUGAUACCGGUUUAAGUUUUGGCACAGAAGGUUUUACCAAUCUUCGACAGCACAGGUUUCAUCCUACAAUGAAACUUACAAGGCGUUUUUAUCCACAUACUCAUAACAUGGAUGGAUUCUUUGUUGCAAAGCUGAAAAAAUUUUCAAAUAUAAUUCCCAAAAAUGAUGAAUCAGAAGACAUUGAAGAAGAAAUUGAAACAAAUAAUGUUGAUGCAGAAACUACAGAGGUUGAAACUGUUGAAAAACCAGUAGCAAAUAUAAAAAAACCAAAACACGGGCGUGGUAAAAAUAGAGCUGAAAAAAAAAAAUAA